UCGAGCAUUGAAGAGACAAGCGAGCGCGCCAGACAAUCUUGACAUCAUAGCCGGCUAGCGCGAGUUUCAGUUUCAGUCAACAGCACGUUGUAUUAACAUUAGCACGUUGCAAAAGAAAUAGAAUUUGAUCGGCAGUUCAGUGAACAAUCAUCAACUUGUAUUUGUUAUAGUUGUAGUGUUCCAUGACAAAAUUAUUCGUCGCCAGACAAUUUAUCAGAGGGAAUUGAGAUAAGUGAGAGGGUCAAAGCGAUUGUGAUAAGUUUACCAGUGCGAUACAUGGACUGUUUUGAUUUUGAACGCGAGUCAUGACUGGGAAAUUGUUGCAGAAACUUUUUACGGAUUAUUCGGAGAGCCAGUAGUUACGAUUAGGAUGAUUGUUGAUUCUGGGAAGCAUCUUUUUUGAGAAUCGAGUAUGAGGAAUGUCGUGUCGAACAUUUUAAGAAACAUGAACACAUUCGCACCGGCUGUGAUAAUCACCUUAUUGUUAAAUACUUUUCCUGAAAUAGAAUGCAGUAUACGAUGCUACAAAUGUCUAGCAGCAAGGCCAUUUUAUUAUACAGAUGAAACCGUUCUACUAUGCGAAAACUUCGAUUACUCAGAUAAAUUCAUAGUUGAUUGCCCUUAUUCCACAUUCUGCAUGAAAACGUUGACUAGUGCCAAAAUUUCAGGUAUUAUUAAUGGCACCGACAGGGACUGUGCCAACCAGAAACAGGUGAUCCAAAAAUAUUACGAUCGUGAUUGGCACAAAGAAAUACACGUUGAAUACCCUUACCAACCAGGAUGCACAGUGGUGGACGACAAGGGAGCAAGAACGUCUUCUAUAGAACACUGCUAUUGUAACAGCGAUUUGUGCAAUUCUUCUGAGAUGAAUAUCCACUCUACAAUUUUCCUUGUCAUUUUAGCUGUGAUAACGUUCUUGAUAUGAAUAUUUAAACUUUGCAUUCAUUAGAUUUGAUGUCAUGCUUGAAAGUAACUUUGCAUCAUUGAAAAUGAUUCGUCUGCCUUUCGUCUUUUAUGCCGUGGCAUCAAACUAUAUACUUUAGGAAAGUUGCCGCAAUGAAAAUCCAAUGGGAGCUUUCAUAUACCACACUUUUACUUUAGAGUGUGGUGUAUGAACGCCUCUACUGACUUACAUUGUGACAAAUUGAAGUAAAAGUAGAAGAUAAGUAAAAGUGAAAGUUUGGUGUAUGGAUCACCCAUACAUUGGAGAUAUAUUAUUGUAUUGUUCUUUUACCUUUGCAAAUAAAGCACCAAUCUACCUCCUUGAA